AUGCAGUGUGUCCGGUUGCCGUCGGAAGCCGGCAGCGUACCUCCUUCCGCGGUGCGACCUGAAUUCCCGCCAAGCCGCCGGUGCCCAACCGUCUCUAGCAAAGGUGGCAGCAGUGAUGUCCUGUCUUUCCUGCCUUGGGCCCUGUUGGGCGGCUGCGGCUGCGCUCGUCUGCAACGAUCCAGCCGUCGCGGCGGGAUUUGCGGGGUUCUCAGAGCUCGGCAAGCUGAGAUUUUCCAGGUGCCCACAGAUGGAGAUGAGGUAUCGGCCCCUCCGGGGCUUUCUUCCAAGAUUGCUGUGGCAGAACUGGAAGGGAAGGGCUGCGGAGUCGUGGCGACUAGCGCGAUUUCGCGUGGCGAAGUAGUAUUACAGGAGUCACCCCUCCUGGGUCUGCCAGCCUCUUUUGAGUCUGCGGCCGAUGUGGAAACUCUUUUAAAUGCGACCAGUCUACGACAGUUGGACGAGGAUUUGAACAGUGCACUCACCUCUUGCAGUCAGGCUAAUCAGGACCGGUUUUGGGAGCUGUCAGACUGUCAUGGGGAGCACAAGACGGCAGCAGGCAUCGCACUGACCAACGCUUUGCAGCUGGGCAAAGGUGGAGGCCUCCUGGCGAUGUCUGCAAGAUUCAACCACAGUUGCAAGCCAAACGUGCAGGGAGGCUGGGACAAGAGUCAAGGUGGUGGGAUGGCCGUGUGGCAUGCCCUUCGUGACAUCUCUGCAGGUGAGGAGCUAUGCUUUUCUUACGUCGAUCCGUACGAGACAGAUGCGGAGCGACAAUCCACACUGCAAAGGCUCUUCAAGUUCCAGUGCAGGUGCCCAGUCUGCAUGCUGCAGGGGGAGGCGAAGAUGGCUAGCAACCAGAAUCGUCAGCAGCUGCGUGAUCUCAAGGAGGCCCUUGAGCUCUCCGCCGUCGUGGCCGACGACACGGCCGAGAUGGCCCGCGAGCUCGUCCCUCAGAUGGUGGAACUCCUGGACGUGGAGUUAGAGGGAAGCCCCGCAUUGAAGAGCAAGGUGCUCCACGUAGGCUUCCUGCUCGCCUGGGAAGGCGGCGAUGCCGACCUCGCGAAAAGCAUGGCCCAAGAGGCCUGGGAGAAUGCCGUGGUAGCUUACGGGCCCGACUCCGAGCGGGCAGCUCAGCUGAAGCUCUGUGCGUCCGGCGAGGUUCCCGACGAGGAUUUGGAGGACAUUCUUCUCGAGCUUGAUUCUUCAGAGUUUUCCGUGCCGGGUCCUCCUGGCCUGCUCGCGGAAGAGGACGACGAUGACGACUAG